GCCAAGAUGUCGGCGCAGGGGGACUGCGAGUUCCUGGUGAAGCGAGCCCGGGAGCUGGUCCAGGGGGACUUAUGGGCGGCUAAAGCCUGGCUCAUCACUGCCCGGAGCCUCUACCCUGCCGACUUCAACAUCCAGUAUGAGAUGUACUCUAUUGAGAGGAAUGCAGAGCGAACUGCAUCAGCAGGCAGAUUGCUCUAUGACAUGUUUGUAAAUUUUCCAGAUCAACCAGUGGUAUGGCGGGAGAUUAGUGUUAUUACAUCAGCAUUGAGGAAUGACUCGCAGGAUAAACAAACUCAAUUUUUAAGAGGUUUAUUUGAGACACUUCCGGGUCGUGUUCAGUGUGAAAUGUUACUGAAAGCCACAGAGCAGUGCUUCAAUACAUUAGAACGGGCUGAAAUGUUGCUCCUGCUUUUGCGACGUUUCCCUGAGACUGUGGUUCAGCAUGGGGUGGGCCUUGGAGAAACGUUAUUAGAAGCAGAAAAUAUUGAAGACCAAGAAUCACCUGUCAAUUGCUUUAGAAAAUUAUUUGUCUGUGAUGUCCUUCCCCUCAUAAUUAACAACCCUGAUGUGCGGCUCCCUGCCAACCUGUUAUACAAGUACCUGAAUAAAGCUGCAGAGUUUUAUAUUAAUUAUGUGACUAGAUCUGCACAGACAGAAAACCAGUACCAAGGUACACAGGACACAUCUGAUCUUGUAUCCCCCAGUAAACGAAGCUCUCAGAAAUACGUAAUAGAGGGCUUGACGGAGAAAUCAUCUCAGAUUACAGAUCCGUGGGAAAGGGUGUUCAAGAUACUUUCCAUAGUGGGUGUAAGAUGUGAAUGGCAGAUGGACAUGGCAAGAAGAAGCUUUGGUGACACAUUGCUCAAAAUGAAAGAUGUCUGCAGAUACAUAAGUAACUAUGAUAAUGAAGCCCAUGCAAAAUACAAGACCCAAGUUGUGUAUUCUACAAUGCUGGUCUUCUUCAAGAAUGCAUUCCAGUAUGUCAGCAGCAUCCAACCUUCUCUCUUCCAAGGGCCAAAUGCUCCAAACCAAGUUCCGCUGGUUCUUCUAGAAGAUGUAUCUAACGUUUAUGGUGAUACAGACAUUGAGCGCAGCAAACAUAUACAUAAAAAGCGGAAACUAGCAGAAGGAAGAGAGAAAACCAUGAGCUCUGAUGACGAGGAUCCUUCUGGGAAAGGGAAAAGCAGGCUCAUUACAAUAAAUGCAGCAGACCUUUCAAACUCCAUUGAAGUACAAGAGAGUUUUAGGUUGGCUAGAGAGAGCUGGGAACUUCUCCAUUCAUUGGAAUCUUUGGAUAAAGAAUUCACAAGAAUUUGUGUGUCGUGGAAGACCGAAACCUGGCUUUGGCUGAGGAUCUUCCUCACGGAUAUGAUUAUCUACCAGGGUCAAUAUAAAAAAGCAAUAGCCAGCUUGCAUCACUUAGCAGCUCUGCAGGGAUCUCAUUCUCAACAGCAGAUCAUGGGGCAAGGAUCACUAGAGAAUCAGCGAGCCUUAAUCCAGCUAGCAACCUGUCACUUUGCCCUUGGAGAAUAUCGGUUGACCUGUGAAAAGGUACUUGACCUGAUGUGCUACAUGGUACUUCCAAUACAAGAAGGGGCUAAACUUCAGGAAGAACAGCCUACAUUGAAGUCAAAAUUCAGGAAAGCUUUGGAGCUGAAGCUUUGGCCCUGUACCAGUAAAGCCAUUAUGCCCUAUUGCCUACGGUUACUAUUAGCUUGUUUUAAGCUGAGAGCUUUCACAGACAAUAGAGAUGAUAUGGCCCUGGGCCAUGUGGUUGUGUUGCUCCAGCACGAGUGGCCAAGGGGUGAAAACCUGUUCUUGAAAGCAAUCAACAAAAUCUGUCAACAAGGAAACUUCCAGUAUGAGAACUUUUUCAACUAUGUUACAAAUAUUGAUAUGCUGGAAGAAUUUGCCUAUUUAAGAACGCAAGAAGGAGGGAAAAUUCAUCUGGAAUUGUUGCCAAAUCAGGGGAUGUUAAUAAAGACUUCUAGCCCUCCACUGGGGUUACUGAAGCAGGAAUUCAUACCUGUACUACAGCCCAGCAUACAGACUGCUGACAGGCAUCACACUGUUACCAGGGGAAUAACCAAAGGUGUGAAGGAGGACUUCCGCCUGGCAAUGGAGCGCCAAGUGUCACGUUGUGGAGAAAACCUGAUGAUGGUGUUGCACAGAUUCUGCAUAAAUGAGAAGAUCUUGCUCCUUCAGACGCUGACCUGAGUAUCAUGGACUCUGUACUGGUGCAUCUUAUUAAAAAUAGGCCGGCAGAGAGGAGAGCCAUGAUGUUGCCUUGAUGUCACUUUAGAGUUACCCUGAUGUCUUUGGCCCAGCUUGCUAAAGGAUUGCUGGCAGAGCAAAGUUAACCUCAGAAAGGUGGUUCACUAUCACUCUAACAAAACUUCAUUGCACCUUUGGUAAACCUCUGAGUUGGGCACUGUAAAUAAAAUAGCUUUCAAAUGUGUUUCAAAA